CCCCUCCCGAAUCCCAACUCCGGCUGCCGAGCAAAGAAAAGAGGAAUACCAAGCAAGGAAUCAGGAAACACGGAGAAAUAACACAGCAGUCAAUUAAAAAAGGAUGCAGACCUGAGAGCCACCUUGCCUUGCGUUGGAACGUGAGCGAGCCUUCCGCGUGCCUUGCGACCACGAUCAUGGGGUUCGGCCGGGACCUGCGCAACUCCCACGAGGGCCUGAUCAAGCUGCAGGACUGGGAGCUCAAGCUGCUGGAGACGGUCAAGCGCUUCAUGACGCUGCGCGUCAAGAGCGACAAGGAGUAUGCCUCACUCCUGUUCAACAUCAGCCAGCAGGUGGAUAAGCAUGACAACUCCUCGCAGGUGCACUACAUCAGCACCGUCUCCAAGUCUUGGGCUAACAUGGUGCAGCAGACGGAGCACCUAAGUAAGAUCAUGAAGUCCCACGCUGAGGAGCUCAACUCGGGCCCUCUGCACCGCCUCACCAUGAUGAUCAAGGACAAGCAGCAGGUGAAGAAGAGCUACCAGACGGUCCACCAGCAGAUCGAGACCGAGCUCUACAAGGUUACUAAAAAUGACCUGGAAAAGUUGAAAGGCACCUACAGGCAAUUAACCAAGGAUGCUCACUGUGCCAAAGAGAAGUACCGGGAAGCGGUAGCAAAAGGUAAGGAACCGGAGAAGGCGCGUGAGCGCUAUGACAAGGCCACCAUGAAGCUGCACAACCUGCACAACCAGUACGUGCUGGCGGUGCGCAGUGCCCAGCUGCACCAGGAGCACUACCACGACACCACGCUGCCCCUGCUGCUCGACUCGCUGCAGAAGAUGCAGGAGGAGAUGAUCGUCGCACUGAAGGGGAUUUUGGAGGAGUACAGUGAAAUCACCAGUCUUUUAACAGACGAGAUUGUGAAGGCGCACAAAGAAAUCAACACAUCUAUCGACCAAAUUGACCCAGUGUCUGAAUAUGAGCAGUUCAUCGAAGUCCAUAAGGCUCCUGUUACCAAAGAACCCAACGUAGAGUUUGAUGUGACGUUACUAGAAGAGACGGAGAAUCUUCAGGCCAACGAGAUACUCUGGAACAAUUUGACCGCAGACAGUUUACAAGCAGUGCUCAGGUCCACCUCCGAUGAGCUCACGCUCACCCAGCAGACCCUACGCAGCAAAGAGGACCUCAUGGUCGAGCUUGAGAACAAGGUUGAGGAGUCCACCAAAACCUGCGAGAAGAAGUCUGACGUGGUGCUGCUGCUCAGUCAGAAGCAGGCUCUGGAGGAGCUCCGGCAGACGGUGCAGUUGCUGCGCUGCACUGAGGCCAAGCUCACAGCCCAGAAGGAGAUGCUCGAGCACAAGAUGCAGGAGAGCGAGGGCAAGGAGCCGCCGCCCGUCGUCAACUAUGAGGAGGACGCCCGCUCCGUCAACUCCAUGACCUCAAAGCUGCCUUGUCUCAGGGACAAGGGCAAGGACAGAAUAUCAAAGUUUGACACCCUGCGCCACUCCAUUGCGGGCAUCAUUCGCUCCCCCAAGUCUGUGCUGGGCUCGUCCUCGUUUUUUGACGUGAUCCCGACCAGCGAGAAGCCGCUGGGGGAGCAGGAGUGGUACCACGGCGCCAUCCCCAGGACCGAGGCCCAGGAGCUGCUCAAGCAGCAGGGAGACUUCCUGGUGCGUGAGAGCCACGGCAAGCCUGGCGAGUACGUGCUUUCAGUCUUCUCCGACAGCCAGCGGCGCCACUUCAUCAUCCAGUUCGCCGAUAAUCAAUAUCGGUUUGAAGGCACUGGCUUCCCCACCAUCCCUCAGCUGAUCGAGCACCAUUACACCACCAAGCAGGUCAUCACCAAGAAGUCCGGAGUGGUGCUCCUAAACCCUGUAGUCAAGGACAAGAAAUGGAUUUUAAACCAUGAGGACGUCAUUCUCGGAGAGCUCCUGGGGAAAGGCAACUUUGGCGAGGUCUUCAAAGGCACGCUCCGAGACAAAACCCCGGUAGCUGUGAAGACCUGUAAAGAAGAUUUGCCUCAGGACUUGAAGAUCAAAUUCCUGUCAGAAGCAAGGAUCCUUAAACAGUAUGAUCAUCCAAACAUUGUGAAGUUAAUAGGUGUCUGCACACAAAGACAGCCUAUUUACAUUGUGAUGGAACUCGUGCCUGGUGGGGACUUCUUGUCUUUCUUACGGAAGAAGAAGGAAGACCUGAAGACGAAGCAACUGGUGAAGUUUGCUUUAGACGCUGCUGGAGGCAUGGCAUACCUCGAGCUCAAGAACUGCAUCCACAGGGACCUGGCGGCCCGUAACUGCCUGGUGGGGGACAGCAACGUGCUGAAGAUCAGCGACUUUGGGAUGUCCAGGCAAGAGGACGAUGGCAUCUACUCGUCAUCAGGCCUCAAACAGAUCCCCAUUAAAUGGACCGCCCCAGAGGCUCUGAAUUAUGGGAGAUACAGCUCAGAGAGUGACAUUUGGAGCUACGGGAUCCUUCUGUGGGAGACAUUUAGCCUUGGGGUGUGUCCCUACCCUGGGAUGACCAAUCAGCAAGCUCGAGAACAAGUUGAAAAAGGCUACAGAAUGUCCUGUCCACAGAAGUGCCCAGAGGAGGUUUACAAGAUCAUGCAGCGCUGCUGGGAGUACAAGCCCGAGAAUCGGCCCAAGUUCGCCGACAUUCAGAAGGAGCUGGCCUCAAUUAAGAAAAAGUAGCCCA